CUUCGUGACGUGAGGAUGUGCCUGUGAUAUCGUCCAGUGCCGUACUUAGUGUUUGUGUUGUGUGUAUCAAUAUGCGUGUUGUGAGUGAAGACACCCCGACCAUGUCGCGAGGACUCAGCAAGAAGCCCAACUACAGCCACUGCCCCCUCAAGAAGCGCCCUGUGCACCUCUUCAAGGAGGACUUAGACUUGCCUAAAGAUGUCACUGAUGAUGACAACUCCGAGCCUGAGAACCUCAGCACGAAACCCGAGGAUCUGCGGCUGACGUGCAAGACGCUGACGCCGCCUCCGGGAGUUACCCUUAUCUCGGCCAAGAAGCCUGCUGAGGAACGCGCCCCCGCCCCUUCCCUGCUGCUUCAGCAGCACCUUCAGUCAUCUCUGCUGCAGACCCAGCAUGGCCACCACUUCCUCAGCAAGACAUCAGGGGGACCUCUUGAACCCCUGAAUCUCAACACCCCCGUGGACCCUUACAGGGCGACCUCCCCCACCUCAGCGUGGCACCGCAUCGCACCCCACUACCCUCCAUACCUUUACCCGUACCCUCCUCCUGCGGACGUUUACAACCAUUAUUACCCCUCAAGAGUGACCACCGAACAACCCUUAUCUCCUUACACCCCGAGGGAUUCACCUCCUCAUGCCUUCCGGCCUCACGUGCCUUCCCUGCCUAAGCUCUAUAUGCCCUACCAGAACGCGGACCAGUGCGGGCUAUCCCCCACGUCGUCGACCUCCUCCACAUCCUACAACAUGUUCCUCGGGACGUCUCCACCCCCGGCGACUCCGGAGGAUCUCUCUUCCCCCGGCAGUGUCGCCAGCUCCGGAGGCUCCAGCAGUGGCAGCACCGGCUACGGCGGAAAGAGGGUAAAGGAGAGCAGUUCCGCACCGAGGUACCAAUGCCCCUUCUGUGCCAAGUCCUACUCCACCUACUCCGGCCUCUCCAAGCACCAACAGUUCCACUGUGCCGCCAACGAGGACUCUGCCGCCAAGAAGACGUUCAGCUGUAAGUACUGCGAGAAGGUCUACGUGUCACUGGGCGCACUCAAGAUGCACAUCAGGACCCACACGCUGCCCUGCAAGUGUGUGCUCUGCGGUAAGGCCUUCUCCAGGCCGUGGCUGCUGCAGGGCCACAUCCGCACACACACUGGGGAGAAACCCUUCUCCUGUCCACUGUGUAAUCGUGCCUUUGCCGACCGCUCCAACCUCAGAGCGCAUCUUCAGACCCACUCGGACGUCAAGAAGUAUUCCUGCUCCAACUGCUCCAAGACGUUCUCCCGGAUGUCGCUGCUCUCCAAACACUUGGACGGCGGCUGCCCCGGUCUGGGCGGCACCCCCUCGGACGACCUCCCUCUCUACCAGUACAGCGGCUCCCCAGUCGUGCACUCCCCCAGCGCGUAGCUUUCUUCUACCUUACAUUCCACUGUCUCUUUUGUUUAUAUUUAUUUCUUUUCCUAUCUAUCGCACAACGAUUCAGAGACUGUAUACAUAUUUAAUAUAUUUCUCUUUAUUCUAAGUCAAACUGUUGAAAACUGUUUCUUUUGUACAGCUUUACGUCAUUUCUGACACUAAUUUUCAAAGUCAUUUAUAGGUUAAGCGGAAUGGCUAGAUUUAUUUUUUAUUUUUACUGAUUAACGACGUCUCUUAUUUAUUGUAGUGCCUUAAAGAAGACUGAUUUUUUAGAUAGGCAAACCAAUGUAUACUCGCUCUAGGUUUAAGGCGUAGAUUUUAAUGACAUUGAAACAAAAUCGUACAAAUAAUGAAAAGUACUAUAUAUAUUUUUUGAAGUAUACAAUUUUAAUGUGCCAUAAAUAUUUACUUACAUGAAUGAAAAAUACAUAUCUGUAAAACAGGCUUUCAUUAUAGAAUCUCAUUUAGUAGUAAUUUAGCCAUUCUGGAUGCUAGUCAUAGGCCUAAUAUUACCUUAGCACUUAAUGUAUAUACAUGAAGUAGUUAUUGUACAGAUUCAGAUUGUAUUGUAUAUAGUAUAUAAAGUGCCUUAGUUGUGUAUUGUAUUUGCCGUUCCUUGAGAAAUUAUAUUUUACAUUUUUUAAAUUUUAUACAACUGUAAUAAAUUAUAUUGUUUUAUGGAAA